UAUGUAUGUUUGUAUACGUGGAAUGUGCUACAAAGCAGUUUCAGAAGUCCCGAACUGUUAAAGAUAAUGAAAACAAACAAAAGAUAGAGGAGAUGAUCAGAAUAGUAAAGAAGCGAUCUGCAGAGCGGAAGAAAAUGGAGGAAACAAAUAAUGCGAUUCAAUCAAAGGAUCGAGUAGUGCGGUCUGUCGAAGAGGAAACAGCAGACUCCAGCAACAGUCUCGGUUCACCAGACUUUGAUGUCAAAAAAGUCGAUCCUGACUCCGAACUCGCCCUGGAACUGGAGAGUAUGUUAAACGCAUACGACGGCAAACUACACAGGGUCAGCGGCUCCGAAUAUCUUGAGAAGCAUAGAAGUAGCAUAUGGGGACAGAACAGAGACUCCCACAGACUCACUCACUUACAAAAAGUGCAACAGGGUCUAGAGUCUGAAGAUCCCGAUACUGAUGGUCGAAUGGAAAAUUUCAUCUUUAGUCCCCUGUGGGAACAAGCUAUCGUACCAUACGAAAUAGACACAUCAUUCAGUACGUCUCAGAGAAACGUCAUCCUGGGAGCGAUACAGGAAAUGGCGACCAAAACCUGCGUACAGUGGCAACCUAAAACGCCGGAAUUGUUAACCAGUCUCGGGCAUACUUCAUACGUGUUCAUCUUCAGUGAUAGCGGCUGUUAUUCCUAUGUCGGGCGAGUGUUUCCUUCCGCCCAAAGACUUAGUCUUCAAAUUCCAGGAUGUGUGACGAACAGUAUUACGAUUCACGAGAUGCUACACGCGAUGGGUGGACACCACGAACAGAGUAGGACUGAUCGCGACAACUACGUCGAGAUCAUGUGGGCGAACGUGAAUGGAGGAACAGGCAAUAACAACAUGCAUAAACAAAAUACGGAUGAUUUUAACCCGUAUGAUGCAGCGUCAGUCAUGCAGUAUUCUUUAUGGGCAUUUUCGACAAACGGUCAAAAAACCAUACGUUUCUUCGACACACGACUGGAUUUCCUGGCGAACUCGGCACCAGGCCUCAGUUUUUACGACACACAAGAUGUCAUAGACUCUUAUGGGUGCGCAGCCAGUUGUGUGAAUACCCCGUCGUGUCAACACAAAGGUUUCCUCGACCACAACUGUCAGUGUGUGUGCCCAAGAGACGUGACCGGCACCAACUGUGAGACACUCGUCACAAGUCAAGGGUGUGGAGGAGAAAUCGCGCUGGUAGCAGGAGUUCCGCAGACAAUUCUGUCACCGAACUACCCAAGUAACUACGUCUCUGGCGAAAAGUGUACCUGGUAUAUAACGUCCUCUGGAGAUCAACAUAUAUCUAUGACCAUCAAUGACCUUAGUUUGACAAGUACAUCGAACACCUGCUAUCACACGCUUGAAGUGCAGUACAAUUUGAUUGGUCAGACGGGCCUCAGACACUGUGGAAAUAUACAGGGACUUAGCUAUUUGACUUCUGUAGAUAGUAGGAACACUAUGAUGCUGAUCUUCGACAGUGAUCUUGUCAGUGGUAGACAGCCAAGUAGAGGGUUCAAUCUAACAGUAUCCUCUCAAGGAGCUGGCUGUCUUACCAACCCCUGUGUGUACGGAACGUGCGUUCCUGGAAAUGGUGGCACGUACACAUGCACAUGUGAUACGGGUUUUACUGGUACAAACUGUGACACUCUAAUCAGUGAUCCAGACAUCACAUGUACCUUUGAAAAUGCUGAAACUUGUUUCAUGGCGGAUGUGACCGAUGACAAUUUUGAUUUUACGGUCAAUAGUCUAAGCACUCCUUCUGUCGGCACUGGACCGUCAUUAGCCUACGCAGGGAACCAAUACCUGUACGCGGAAAUGUCCAGUCCGCGGGCUCCGGGAGAUAUCGCCAGGCUCCAAUCAAACCUUGGUUUCCCAGUCUCGGAGAAAUGUCUAUCGUUUGGGUACCACAUGUAUGGCGCCAAUGUGGACACCCUGAGGGUCAAGGUCAAAGGGACCUCCUCCUCUAGUAUUCCUGGAGAAGAUGAACCAGAAGCUGUGUCCACUGACGUUGAUCAAACACUUUGGACCAAGACUGGAGAUUCCGGAGAUAUUUGGCUUAAAGCCAAAGUGACAAUUCCUUCUUUGACCAUUUUAAAGAUCAUAAUGGAAGCCGUCACAGGGGCUAGCUGGGACAGUGAUAUUGCUAUCGAUGAAUUACGUAUUCAACCAGGGCCUUGUGUGAUGCUCCCAUGCGAUUCUUCUCCUUGCUUGAACGGCGGCACGUGCUCGGAUACCGCCAAUAGCACGUUUACAUGCCAGUGUCAACCAAUGUACACGGGGGACAUAUGCGAGAACCAAGUUCCGGGUAUGACAUUGUCCUGUACUGCAGAAUCUAUUUCUGAUUGCUUUUUGGGAAAUGAUGACGACGGUGACUUCAAGUGGGGCAGACUUACUGGACCAACACCUUCUUUUGACACUGGCCCAUCCAGUGCUUUGGAAGGCCAUUAUUACCUCUAUACCGAAGCAUCGGUCCCCCGCGUAGCCGGGGACACCGCUAUCCUUGAAACCAAAGUCAACCUCGCAGUCCAAGCUCAAUGCUUACGGUUUUGGCUGCAUAUGUACGGGGCAUCAAUGGGCACGUUCAGCAUUAAAAUGACGAGUGACGUCACUAUCAGUUCGACUGUAUUGUUCAGUCAGUCUGGUAACCAAGGCAACCAUUGGAUUCAUCACACUGUUGAAAUCCCGGCGGAGGCAGGACUGGAGCUGAAAUUCUUUGGAAUCAUCGGACAGAGCUUCACAUCAGAUAUUUGUCUGGAUAAUAUUACCAUAACCGCUGGCAGAUGUGACGGCCUUACAACAACAACUGCGCCCACAACGACAACAACGCCCACAACAACCACACCCACUACGACCACCACGCCGACCACGACAACCACACCCACCACAACAACCACGCCCACCACGACAACCACACCCACCACGACAACCACACCCACCACGACAACCACACCUACUACGACCACCACGCCCACAACGACAACCACACCCACGACGACAACCACACCCACUACGACCACCACGCCCACAACGACAACCACACCACCUACGACAACCACACCUACUACGACUACCACGCCCACAACGACAACCACACCCACUACGACAACCACACCUACUACGACUACCACGCCCACAACGACAACCACACCCACUACGACAACCACACCUACUACGACUACCACGCCCACAACGACAACUACUUCCGCAACAACAACCAUUGCAUUAAGCCCCUGUGACCCGGAUCCUUGUCUAAAUGGUGCGACAUGCUUUGUUCUGCCUGUUGACAAUUACCUGUGUCUUUGUGUCCCGGGAUUUAUCGACAAGAACUGUUCAUCAACGUUUGGGUCUGCAUUCGACUGUGACUUCGAGUCGGGAAGUUGUUUCAUGGAGGAUGACGCAACAUCUGAUUUCACAUUUACAACUCGUUCGGGUCGAACACCAUCAGGAAACACUGGCCCAUCUGGAGCUGCCGAUGGCAACUUCUACACGUAUGCCGAAAUGUCCUUUCCGCGCCAGCAAGGAGAUGGAGCCAGACUCGUUUCUAAUUUUUCAACAGCAUUUGGAACACCUGGGAGCUUAACGUCUGUAAACCGAUGCCUGACGUUCAACUACUGCAUGUUCGGUUCUGGUAUUGGAACACUGUCCGUAUCAACAACAUCCUCUGGUGGUAGCGACUGGUCUCGUUCUGGUGAUCAUGGACCAGAAUGGAAAACAGGAGCUAUAGAUAUACCAGCAUCGACAGAUCAAAAGAUCACAUUUGAGGCUAUACGAGGAACCAGCUGUGAUAGUGAUAUAGCAUUAGAUGACAUUUCGUUAAGGGAAGGUUUGUGUGGCUGUACCCCGAAUCCUUGUUUUAAUGGCGGUUUUUGUGUGACACUGAACAUUAACAUUGACACCGAGUGUGUUUGCUUACCUGGUUACGAGGGAUCCUUCUGUGAGGUUAUUGUUCCUGGCCAUAACAUCGGCUGUACGUUUGAGGAGUUCACGUCUUGUUUCUUACGCCAAGCUGAUGACGAUGACUUUGACUGGACAAAAAUAAGUGGCCCAACGCCAACGCCCGGAACAGGGCCUUCUGACUUGGAUACCCAAACCAACGGACAGUACAUGUUUAUAGAGGGCUCAAUGCCACGCGUGGAAAACGAUGUCGCAAGGCUGGUAUCCAAUGCUUCGUUCCCAGCGGCCGACCGGUGUUUAUUUUUCGACUACCACAUGCACGGGAGUGGUAUUGGCACACUAAACGUGAAAGAUGGGUCGUCAGACUUAUGGUCCCGAUCUGGAGACCAGGGCAAUUCCUGGAACACUGGCGCCGUCUUCUUCCCCUCGUCAUCAUCUGUAUCGCCAGUGUUUGAGGCUGUCCGAGGACCGUCAAAGACCAGCGACAUAGCCAUCGACAACGUAAUGUUUUCUCUUGGAAACUGUGGUUGCCGUGGUGACCCAUGUCUCAAUGGAGGAACCUGCAAUGAUGCAAAUAACGCAAACGGCUUCACGUGUAGCUGUACGUCUUCCUUCGAGGGCGAUAAUUGUGAACAAUACACGGUGUCUGUCAUGUCAUGCACGCUGGAAGUGGGAUCAGAUUGCUUUUUCAAGCAAGAUAAAACUGAUGAUUUUGAUUGGAGCCUGGCAAAUGGACCGACUCCUACCCUCAACACUGGGCCAACAGCUCCAUAUACCGGUAACCGCUACGCCUUCAUUGAAACCAGCUCACCCAGGUCUAACGGAGACAUUGCCAGAUUGACCACAGAACAUCUUAGUAUGACACGUGGAAAUCGUUGUCUUCAGUAUGCUUACUACAUGUACGGAUCUGACAUUAAUCGUCUUCGCGUGUUAAGUGGUGGUCGGGCUGGAAGCAAGAGGCCACGGCAAACAAUUACCGGGGAACAGGGAAACAGUUGGGUUAUGGUCAAAACAAAUAUCCCUGCGGCUGAUGACGUGGUGAUCAUGAUUGAAGGCCGCCGCGGGACUGGCAGUAAAGGAGACAUAGCCAUUGAUUCUUUAAUCUUGCAGACAGGAACAUGUCCCUAAAGUACUCACCACUGGAAUGCUGAUUAAAUGGAUACAUUGAACGACAUUAACGCAAAGCUGACAACUUCCGCAGUUUGUGAACGGAUUGUUAUGUUUGAGUUUGUGGUACGGCCUUCAAUUGGUUGCAAGACUUUAAUUUUUCUGUAUUUUUUAUAUGAACCUCCUUGAAAUAUAUUAUUUACACAUUG